UCAUAAAAUAGCCAAAACAAAAGUCUCUCGGACCAAGCACGCAGCAAGCGGCCACCCACCAGCCGGUCCGUCUCGUUGGAUAAGGACCCUUCCUCUCUCUCCCUCUCUCUACCCUUCACUUUUCCCUCUACAUUUAAACAGUGCCUCCUUCUGUAGUUCUUCUAUUCCAAUUCCAUUAUCAAUCAUAAAGCUGCUUUCUUUUUAUCUGCCAAUCGGUUUAUAUAGAAUCUCAUAUUUGGAUUCGGAGCUUUCUUGGCUUAAAACAAGGGUUCGAGCUUUGGGUUGUUUUGGCUUUCAAGAUUUGAGUUUUGGAUUGACUUUUUUUUUUUUUUUUUCUGACUAUGGCGAGUGCUAUCGGGAUGAUUGGUGGGAGCGGCUCUUUUUCAUGGAUGCAAGUCAAGGGAAAGGGGAAAAAGAAGACUGUGAACAGAGUUAGAGUUUGCUGUUCUGCUUAUUCUGCUAUGGAUCCGUACAAAAUACUCAGGAUCGAACCUGGUGCCUCUGAAUCUGAGGUCAAAAAGGCCUUCAGGAAACUUGCCCUUCAGUAUCAUCCGGACGUUUGCUGGGAAAGGAAUUGUGGGGUUCAGUUUCAAACAAUCAACAAAGCUUAUGAAAUUGUGAUGAGUAAUUUGAGUGGCGACUCGAAGGAGUCCCAAAUGUUAGAGGCAUAUCAUGAUCAAGGAAUCGAUGAGCCAAUGAAGUACCCAGUUGGGGAGUUGUGGGAAGAGUGGAUGGGAUGGGAAGGAGCUGGAAUUCGUGACUACUCAUCCCAUAUUAAUCCUUUCAUUUGAACAAAACUGUAUAUUUAGAACCAAAAAUGGUGGUUCUCCCUUUCUAUAUAUAAAAUUUAAAUCCAAGUUUUGAUUUGAUGGGAUGGGAAGGAAUAUACCAAAACGAAAAUGACAUUUUAAUUUCUGAUGGCUUUGCUUUGGCCACGUAGAUAUCAUGUGACAUUAACAAUGUGUUUGCCCAGUUGUAAUGAUAUAAAUGAU